AUGGCAUCUGGUGCGACUGUUGAAACUGUUACAGCUCCCAAAUGGGCUCAGAAGACUGUAAUCAUUCCUGCCCAAAGACGAGGCUGUCAUCUCAUUACUUCCAAGAUUUUGAAGGAAAUUGGGCAAGAUUUAUCAGAGUUCAAAUGUGGCCUUGCUCAUUUUUUUUUGCACCACACUAGCGCUUCUUUGACUAUAAAUGAAAAUUAUGACUCGGAUGUUAGAGACGAUACUGAGAAAUUUUUGAACAGAGUAGUUCCAGAGGGAAUGUCUGCACCAUGGAAACACACGCUGGAAGGUCCAGAUGACAUGCCAGCACACAUCAAGUCAUCUAUGUUUGGCUGCUCCCUCACGAUACCUAUCACUAAUGGAAAACUGAACAUGGGAACUUGGCAGGGAAUAUGGCUAUGUGAACAUCGCGACGCGGCUACUCCUAGGAAAGUGGUGGUCACCCUUAACGGGAUAUAA